AUGUCAUAUUUGAAAAAUGUUCAAUCGGAUAUAAAGAUUCAUCAUAAAUAUCACCAAAAAUGUUUGAACGGUAGAGAUUGGAGUGAGAAUUGGGGAGAGAAACUCGUUUCCUUUGGCUCAAAUCAGUAUAUUUGCUGUGUUAAUCCAAAGAAUCUUCCUGAGACCAAAGCAGCUUUGGAGUUAUUAGAGAUUGUUAAUCGCGAUUUGAAUGCACCAGAUGAUAAUGAAUUUUGGAUGAAGAAUGAAGAUUUAGGGAAAGUUUUCGUGUAUGUUAAAGACAAAAGAGCUAUCGGGAUUGUAUCUAUUGAACGUAUCAAAUCUGGGAAAUGGUUUUCAGUGGAUGAUGGUAAAGUUGUCAGUAAGAUUGACGUGGAAUUAUUAGCUGGUAUUAGUCGAAUUUACGUGAGCAAAAACUUUAGAAGAUCAGGAAUAGCAUUACAUCUUCUUCAAACGUCACAAAAACAUUUGAUAUAUGGACUGAUUGUUCCUAAAUCUAAAUAUGGCUGGUCUCAGCCAAGUUCUUCGGGUGGCAAAUUAGCUAAACAAUUCAAUGGAGUCAAACAUAAAUCAGGUAAAAUAUUGAUUCCUGUAUAUACUUGA